UGGAGUCUGAUAUGAGGACUGCAGAAUAACCACAGUGACACGUCGCCAAUCCACUAAUCAAGGCAGGACUCUUCCGGGUGGUAAUCUCUGAAAUUGCUCAGUGAGCACCCCUAAUUAAGCUGAUUUAUUGCUGUUAAUCACUCACAAUGGAAUCAAAUCAAAAAUCCGGGGAUGGACUGACAGGCACACAGAAUGAAGCAGCGCUGCGAACAUUGAUCCAGCGCACAGGAUAUGGUUUGCUUCAGGAAAAUGGGCAGAGGAAAUAUGGUCCUCCACCAGAUUGGGAGGGUUCACCCCCUGAGAGAGGCAGCGAGAUCUUCAUUGGAAAGUUACCACGAGACCUGUUUGAAGAUGAGCUGGUACCGCUCUGUGAAAAAUUUGGGAAAAUUUAUGAAGUACGAAUGAUGAUGGACUUUAAUGGAAAUAAUCGGGGUUAUGCCUUUGUAACUUUUAGUAAUAAACAAGAAGCCAAAAAUGCAAUGAAACAGCUCAAUAAUUAUGAAAUAAGGAGUGGACGUCUUUUGGGUGUCUGUGCGAGUGUUGACAACUGCCGUCUGUUUGUGGGGGGCAUCCCUAAAACAAAGAAAAGAGAUGAGAUCUUAGCAGAGAUGAGCAAAGUGACAGACGGGGUAGUCAACUGCAUUGUGUAUCCCAGCGCAGCAGACAAGGCCAAAAACAGAGGCUUUGCUUUUGUGGAGUAUGAGAGCCAUCGAGCUGCUGCCAUGGCCAGGAGGAAACUGAUGCCAGGGAGGAUACAACUGUGGGGCCAUGCCAUUGCAGUGGACUGGGCAGAGCCAGAGGUGGAAGUUGAUGAAGAUACGAUGGCAACAGUUAAAAUCCUAUAUGUGCGGAACUUAAUGUUGUCAACCGCAGAGGAGACCAUUGAGAAUGAAUUCAACAGCAUCAAACCAGGAGCUGUUGAAAGAGUGAAGAAGAUAAGAGACUACGCUUUUGUGCACUUCACCAACAGAGAAGAUGCAGUAAAUGCCAUGAACACAUUGAAUGGAAAGCUGGUGGACGGAUCUCCAAUUGAGGUGACAUUGGCCAAGCCUGUAGACAAGGACAGCUAUGUUCGAUACACAAGGGGUGCAGGAGGCCGAGGACCCAUGCUGCAAGGAGAAUAUGCUUAUACACUAGGGCAGGUGUAUGAGCCUUCAGCUGCGUACCUGGGAGCUCCUGUCUUCUAUGCACCCCAAGCCUAUACAGCCAUCCCAAACCCAAUGCGAUUCCCUCCCAAUAAGGGUCAUGUCAGCGCCCGGGGUAUGAUGCGUACCCCUUCCAUCAGAGAAAUUUACAUGACUGUACCUGUAGGGGCUGCGGGUGUUCGAGGGCUGGGUGGACGUGGGUACCUGGCUUAUACUGGCUUUGGCCGCGGUUUUGCGGGAUACCAUCUGAAGGGAGACAAGCGAGGGGAGGACAAGUUUUAUGACCUCUUGCCCGGAAUGGAGCUCACAGCAAUGAAUCCUGUAAGCCUAAAACCUCCAGGAAUCAAACAUGCUCCUCAGAUAUUGGAAGAUAUUUGCCAGAAGAAUAACUGGGGGCAGCCAGUUUACCAGCUUCAUUCUGCCAUUGGGACCGACCACAGACAACUUUUCUUGUACAAAAUCACCAUCCCUGCUCUUGCUACCCAGCAUCCCAACAUAUAUCCCUUCACACCAGCAAAACUCUGUGCUUCAGUGGAUGAAGCAAAGACCUACGCUGCUGAGCAUGUCCUGCAGAUCCUGGGUCUGCAGACAGAGGGGGCUGAGCAGCCAGCGACUGCAGCAUUUCCAGCGUAUGCAAUGACGAAUGCAGCUGCCAGUGUAGCAGCAGGCCAGCUCAAGCAAGCAGUCACUCUAGGACAAGACCUGACAGCCUAUGCAGCGUAUGAGACAUACCCCGCUUUUGCCAUGGCAACACGGGGAGACGGCUAUGGAGUUUAUUGAGACAACUCCCAAAAGGACCAUUAACUUAGUUCACAUUCAUGUUAUUGCACGUGAUCUGUGAGUUAUUGAUUGAAUACCUGAGCUUGUGUCAGAUUGUCAUUUAGAUGAAUACAGUACCAGUUUUGUUUUUGUGUGUAAUUGCCAAUUAUUUUAAGAUUUAUUUGAAAUAAUAGAAUGUAAAUCUUCAAUUAGACAAACUUUUUAGCCUGUGUCUUCAUUAAUGUAAUUUCAGUAAUCUAAAUGUGAUACUAGUCCUGUUAUGUCUUGACUUGUCUCAGAAAUAGGUAAGCUUGUAUGUUUACAAAAACAUUUCUCUUUCAAAACUGCUUUUUGAAUUUUAAACGUAUUGGGGCGCACAGUCGAUACAUAUUUAAGGCACAUUUGUAUAAAACAGUCAGUGGUUUUUACGUGCUCUCAACAAUCUCAUGUUGCACCUAUAACAUUGAUGUGCAGGUCAGGCUUCAAGAUGUGCAAAGCAAGAUUGACAUAACGGAGUCAAACUGACUCAAAGUUCUUUAUCCCAACUUUUUUUGGAUUGUGCACUAACCUAAAUAUAAAUGCAAUUCAGCUCUCAAAUUGACACUGCCAUCCAUUGGCUAUUUUUUAUUUUGGUUUUCUCCUUGGAAUGCAUGUGAAGGAUCUGAAUGCAAGACUGCAACAAUGAACUGGAUGUGACACAAACCAAAAAAAAGGCUUCCUCAACAAGUGUAUUGUAUGUAUAGCGAACACUAAACUGACUGAUAGAACUUUGCUCUUAUAAGGGAAUGAUAUCCAUUUAAAUAUAUUUAAACAUAUUUAUAAAAUGGUAUGUUUUCUGUUUUCUUUUCAUUAUGUACCACAAAAACAGUUUAUAUUAUUGUUUUAUUUAUGUUGCUUUAGAAGACUUAGAAAUAGAAAACAGAACAAACAAAUAAACUAUGGCUUUACUGUUCAAGGUUGGUUUCUGUAAAAGCAGCAUCCCAUAAUGAUAGUGAAUACCUUCUGUAUCCCUCCUGUUAAAUAAUAUUCAUGGUCUCCCUGCUAUCAUCUGUUCAGAGAAGUAUAUAUUAUAUAUAUAUAUAUAUAUAUAUAUAUAUAUAUAUAUAUAUAUAUCUUACAAAAUUUAGAUUGUUUUUGUUUCUACAGUUAGAAUCCCUUUACCAAGAAAACAUAAGCUUGUCAAUACAGUUUUCUGUAACAGUAUUAAAAAGUGUGCAUAGAGCACUUAAGACUUAACUUAUUUUUGUACCACAAGUGCAACAUUGUUUGUAUAGAAAUCUAUUCUUUUUGGAUACCUAAAAUGUUUCAUAUCAAUUAGAUGGGAAAUAAACCCAAAACAAAUGGAAAUCGCCAAUUGGGGUAAACAUUGGAGUAAAUUGGACACAAUAAAUUACAAAUAACUCCAGGGGUGCAGCAAAUUGAGUACUGCUUUGAUAAUUGUGAUGUGGACACUAAUUUGUCUCUUAAAUUACAAAUAAAUAAAAAAAUGUCAAAAAAA